AUGGCCGACGCUGCCGGCCUGCUUUUUUGCGAGUGGUAUCACGGAAAAGUGGACCGCGCGCAAAGUGUGGCACGUCUCCGCAAUAGCAACUGCCACGGUGAUUUCCUUGUGCGCGAGUCAAGCACUCGCGACGGCUUCCUCGCCCUCUCCUUCAUCUCUUAUGACAAACUCGUCCACUACCUGAUACGCGGCAAGGCCGGCAGCUGGUUCAUCUUUGACGCACACCGGUAUGCCACGGUCCAAGCCCUUAUCGAUAGCCUACACCAGCAAGGUGUUCUCCAACGCGCUGCUCCCGUCAUCAAUACGGAAGGGGAGCUCAUUGACGGUGACCUCGAAAACUGCCCCGAGUGCCGCGUCCCUAUCCCAAAGGCGGAUGCGUCCACUUAUUUUUGCAAAGCCUGCGGCACCCGCAUCCGGUCCUCCGAGGAACAAGUGGCCAUGUACCGCCGUCACACGGCAGCCCGCUCCGCUGCUACACAGCCCGCUGCGGCACGAAACUCAACCAUCCGCGACACUCAUGGUUACGUACGCAUUGAUGAUGCAACUUCUGACAAGCCGCUGGCGGCCAAUUCAGGCAUGCUCCCGGCGCACGCGAGCUCUGGUAAACCGCUCAUGCAGGGCUUGCGCAAGGCGCCCCUGCCUCCGCGUUGGCGCAACGACAAGCGGGCCCUCAUGCUGGCUUCGCACAGCAUUGCCGUUCAGGACGUGAGUCUGGGCGCUGUCCUGGGCACGGGCCGCAUGGGUACUGUCCGCCAGGCCAAGCUCCUAAGUAAAACAGUGGUGUGCAAGAUGCAACCCAAUUCCAAUGCCUGCCUGCACGAAAGUCUUUGCUUGCUGGGCCUGCAACAUGAAAACGUCGUCGAGAUGGUGGGCGUGGUCUUUGAGGACGAGCCUUUUCUCAUUCUUGAGUAUUGUGCCAACCGAGACCUGGCCAGGAUAGGCAACCGCGACUACUGUGACGUGCUAGCCACCAACAAUGACUUGCCCGUGUCUCUGUCAGGCGACGUGGCCGCACGCAACGUGCUGGUCACGCAACACAUGAUCUGCAAGCUAGCUGACUUUGAGCUUGCGACCUGGGACGGGUCGGUUCUGCAAGACUAUGCGCGCACCAUUCCCUUGCGCUGGAGCGCUCCCGAGAUCCUUUUACAUGAGCUUCCUACCAUCUUCAGUGAUGUCUGGGCCUUUGGUGUGUUGGUGUGGGAGGUGUACAAGGAUGGUGCCAAACCUUUUGCCGAACUCAAGCAUGAGGACAUCAAAUGCCUUGUUCAAGGCGGUGGACACAUUGAUUACCCCGGCGGCCUGUGUAAUCGCAAAAUAUGGGAGUCAAUUAUUGAACCCUGUUUCGCAACCGAGCCCACACAGCGACCCGGCAUGACUGACAUCAAGGAUCAACUCGAGUUUUGUAUUUCGGAGAAGGAAGGAGUGUGA